AUGGUGAAACUCAGCUGCCCGUUUCCCGGAUGCCAAUCAAGUAUUGUCGGUUUCGAGGCUGAUCACAGCACGGUAUUGCCCGUAGAUGUUUACAAGAAAUUUAAGAUCAUGCUUCCUUCUGAAAACACGACCGUUGAUGGACAGUUUUCGGUAUAUGGAGACAUCUGGGAUUUCGACAAUGUAGGAGUCUCCAGAGCGGUUCCAGACAGUGUUUUGGGUUCUGACAAUGAGCAAGCGGCCUCAAAGUGGGUGUUUACGUGGAAGGAAAACUCCUACAUGUUGGGAAAACUAACAAAGUACUUGAUAUGUGCAGAUUGCGACCGCGGGCCCCUGGGGAUGGUUUGCGAGACUAUGAGAGAUGGGCAGUCCGUCACACUGAACUUUUUAAGCCUGGCAAGCGUCAGAAGGGUCGAAGAACCUUGA